AUGGCGUUUGUGACCACAGCGGAAGUUUGUGACGCGAAUCAAGAGCUGAUUCGUAGUGGCCAGCUCCGAGCUCUGCAACCCAUGUUCCAGAUUUACGGUCGUCGUCAGAUAUUCUCAGGCCCUGUAGUUACUGUCAAAGUGUUUGAAGACAAUGGCUUAAUCCGUCAGUUUAUCGAAGAGAAAGGCAAUGGGAGAGUGCUUGUGGUGGAUGGUGGAGGGAGUUUAAGAUGUGCGAUACUUGGAGGAAACCCGGUAGUACAAGCGCAGAACAACGGAUGGGCGGGGAUCAUAGUGAACGGUUGCAUCAGAGACGUUGAUGAGAUCAACGGUUGUGACAUUGGAGUGAGAGCUUUAGCUUCUCAUCCUAUAAAGGCUAGUAAGAAAGGACUUGGUGAACAAAGAGUCCCUUUGAACAUUGCCGGCACUCGGAUUUGCGAUGGCGAAUGGCUUUACGCUGAUACUGAUGGAAUCCUCGUUUCUCAGAUCGAAUUAUCCGUUUAG